CAGCUUCAAAUGGAGUAGUUGAUUUGUAGAAGUUAGCUGAGUGACAGACAAUUAGUAGUUUAAAAGUUUAAUUAGAACUAAUUUGGAUUAAUGUAAACCUGCGAAGGAAAGCAAAAAGCUAGGUGCCAUGACUGUAAUAAUUGGAUUUGAGGGCAGUGCCAAUAAGAUCGGCAUAGGAAUCAUCAGGGAUGGUGAAGUGCUUUCCAACCCUAGACGGACAUACAUUACGCCUCCUGGUCAAGGGUUCAUGCCGAGCGACACCGCCAGGCACCACCGUGCUGUCAUACUGACUGUCCUGAAGGAGGCGCUGGAGCAAGCAGGGCUGAAGCCUGCUGACAUCGACUGUGUGGCAUAUACCAAAGGCCCUGGUAUGGGUGCCCCCUUGGUGACGGUGGCUCUGGUGGCUCGUACGGUCGCACAGCUUUGGGGGAAGCCGCUUCUUGGUGUCAAUCACUGUAUCGGACACAUUGAGAUGGGUCGACUCAUCACGCAAGCCAACAACCCUACUGUGCUGUAUGUCAGUGGAGGGAACACACAGGUUAUUGCAUACUCGGAGCGGCGAUACAGAAUAUUUGGAGAGACCAUCGACAUCGCAGUUGGCAACUGUCUGGACAGGUUUGCUAGAGUUAUAAAGAUUUCCAAUGACCCCAGUCCAGGUUACAACAUAGAGCAGAUGGCCAAAAAAGGGAGUCAGUAUGUGGAGCUGCCAUAUACAGUAAAAGGAAUGGAUGUCUCAUUUUCUGGGAUUUUAUCCUAUAUUGAGGAAGUUGCACAUAAGAUGCUGGGCUCUGGUCAGUGUUCAGCAGAGGACCUGUGUUUCUCCCUGCAGGAGACUGUGUUUUCCAUGCUGGUGGAGAUCACAGAGAGGGCCAUGGCUCACUGCGGCUCCCAAGAGGUCCUUAUCGUGGGGGGCGUUGGCUGUAACUUGCGUCUACAGGAGAUGAUGGGAGUGAUGUGUAAGGAGAGAGGAGCCAAGCUGUUUGCUACAGAUGAAAGAUUCUGCAUAGACAACGGAGCAAUGAUUGCUCAAGCCGGCUGGGAGAUGUUUAGGUCCGGUCAGGUGACGGAGCUGGAAGACUCAUGGAUUACACAAAGGUACAGAACAGAUGAAGUGGAGGUGACGUGGAGAGACUAAAAGAACAACAUCUUGGUGCUACAUAAUGUUGAUGCAGCGGGUCUGUUACGACAACUCCACUGAAGCAACUCUUUGGAAAUUAGGCAUUUUGCUUAAUAGAGAGCCAGAUUUUGUUCUGAGAAUAUUUCUUGUCCAGUUACAUUUACAAAUUUGGGAGAACUGUGCUACCCACAAAUCUUUCAGGACCGCCGCUCACUCUAACACAAUUUAUUCUGCUCAGUAGAAGUGGUGUAGUGGUGAGAAAAGUGUUGCCUGGCUCCCUGCUGACAAGGAACACAUUUGGUCACUUCCAGCACCAUCGUUCCCUGUUUCGCCUGAAACAAGGCUGAGCGAAGAUGUCAGAUUUACAGUCUGGCUUUGACACUUCUAGUUGACUGUUUUUUUCUGUACGUCAUUGAAACCCCAUAUGGUGCAGGAUUUGCAGCUCUUGUACAAUUAUUUGGUGUUAAAAAUGUUCAGUUUGUUCAACCACACGUCGGUUCUAAUGCACUUGUAACAGAGUCCUGCUUCGGGUUGACUACCAGCCAAAAAGGUGAUUUGAGGGUGGUAUUUGUCUUACUUUUGUUAAUGGGUGAAAAAAAGAACAUGCCGGUCAAAGCACAGGUGCUGGGUAAUAAAUAUAUUAAAAUUAAAUGUGUUUUCAAGUUUUUAUCCUCUCACUGCUGACCUUGUGUGUCGACUGUCUUCUGCACCAGCUGGAAUAUGACAUGUUUCUUUUAGGUGUGAUACCACCAGGCUUGUUGCCUGGAGUUGGGCAGCUUAAAAUUCUGACAAUAAGCAAAAAAAAUCAUUAAAAUUGUACUUCCUGGAUUAUUUUAUCUUCUUUUACAUGAGUGAAACGUCCCAAAAGAUCCCUUAAACAUGCCUAUCAGUCAUUUAUGGUUAUUAUAGGAUAUGCGGUUUAGGUUCACGAUGCGGCUCUUGGGUCAGUGGGUAGGGUCGUGGAACUAGUUGGUCAUAUGUGCAGCUGGUGAGGGGUGGGGCUUAAAAAUCAAACCCAUGCAGGUCUCCGACUUGUAAUUGUCAGGGAUACCACUUUAAAUAAAAAAGACUAAAAUGGAA